AUGUCACCCGCGUUCGCUGUCUCAUGGGAACCAACCCAACUGCACAGGCAAUCCUCGCUGCGUGCGAACCAAUACAGAAAGCUUCGGAAAAGAAAGAGGCAGGAUGAAGGCUCAGACGAGUCAGAUGACGGGCACUCUUCAGAUUCCCCUGACACCACCAAAGACCAAUCUUCCCGCUCGGGGUUUACUGCUUUGACAACCGAAAACGCUGAGCAAUAUCGCGUUGCAGGCCAUGCACCCGAUCAUGACUUGCCUCCGCCGCCGUUCCCGCAUGCAUCUGCAACGCUAUCCUCCACCAAGCGCCAUGAGUCCAAUGUGCAGGAAGAGCUGGCCGCAUUUAAACCUCCGCUCUAUGCGGCUAAUGCCUUGUCUGGCGGGGAUCUUCCAGGCAGAAGCACUGACAGCAAGCCAGAAAUGUCAGGGCCGCGUCACCUUGCGGUUCUUACUACUUUGCUCCAUCGUUGUCUACUUGAAGGCGACUACCAACGCGCAGGAAGAGCUUGGAACCUCAUUAGGAAGCUCGAGCGGCAGAGCAGGGCGCUCGACGUGAGGGCUCAUGGGCGAUGGGGCCUUGGAGCCGAACUGCUACUCUAUCGCGAUGCCCAGACGCGUCCGGCUAUCGGGAAUCGUCGAGAGCGUAGUACCUCUAGCAGCCAUUCUAGUGAUGCGCCUUUGGCUUCACGUCCGCAGCCCCAGUUCACAGCCCACGGCUUCAGAGCGGCUAGAGAGUACUACGAACAACUGAUAAUACAGUAUCCGGGAAGCCGGACACAUCCCCACGCCAUCAGCGCCACCACUUUCUACCCCGCCAUGUUCAGUCUCUGGAUCUUUGGGGCUUGUGAGACUAGCCGACAGUCGCGCGAAGCUCUUAAGGAGGAUGCAGAGACUGACGGCGAAAGUGACGAUGAGUCCGGCGAUCGGCAUCAGGAGCAGCUGGCGAACAUCACACGGACUGAGCUAAAGCAGGCAGCAGACAUAGCAGCAAGGCUAGAUGAGCUGCUUCUCUCACCGCCUUAUGACAAGCACCCGGACCUGCUGCAACUCCGGGGCAUGGUAGCCUUGUGGAUGGGUGACCUUAUGAAGAACACUCCUGCGACACCAGAAGAUAUUCCCGAGGCAGACAGCGAGGGUGCUUACCCUGGUUCGGAUCGCCGGUCAAGGCAGAAAGAUGCAGAGAGGAAUGAAGAGACCAAAAGAGCAGCACGUUUCUUUCUACGCGCACGAGAAAACGGCGCACGGCUCUGGCCGGGCAUCACGCAUCUGGCGAACCAGGAAGUGGCGGAUCAUGGCCUGGCUUCGAGUGCCGCAGAAACAACCAUUGGAAAGGUGUCACCGGCGAUGAGUACAAGUGAGACAGCGGAUGAAGACACAUCACCGCCGCUCGAUAUGGAUGUAACGGAUACGAAUGCCGCAAGCCGAGCAGAGUCAAGUUGGGUGUAUACAGCGGACAUGUCAGAUUACGAAGAAUAUGAUUGA